GUAAUGAUAUAAUACAUCAGUACUACUUUAUUUAAUUUGAACGAUGUUACCGUAUUUGCGAGGGUUUUCUGAGCUCCACUCUUUUCUUGUAAGGAUAAGUUUCAGCGAGGAUUUUCAUGUCUACCAUUUUAACAUGCAUGGUGAAUGCAGCACCACUCCUUGCUACGAAAUCAAGAUACAGGUGGCUGUUUUAUUUUUUUUUUAGCUUCAUGCUGCAAAUUGAAGGUGCAGUUCCGUUGUUUGUGUAACGGAACUAAUUUUUAAUUAUUAAUUUCCGAAUACAUAAAGUACCAAGUAAAUUAAAAUUACUAAAAAGUGUUGAACUAUCUGAGUUCGACAAGUCAGGUCUGAAAGAGUUGCUGAACGCGCACUGAUGUGUUGACAAUCAUGGAGGUGCAGAGCAGCGGGUUAGUUCAAAUUUCCUGUGGACAACUUUAGCACUUCUACUCAACGCACACAAUGGCGUCUGUUAUGGAGGAUCCCACCCUGGAGAGGCACUUUAAGGGACAUAGAGAUGCUGUCACCUGUGCAGACUUCAAUCCUAACCGUAAACAGCUGGCCUCAGGGUCAGUAGAUAAAAACGUGAUGAUAUGGAAUUUGGCUCCCAAGGCGAGGGCCUUUCGAUUUGUUGGGCACCAAGAUGUGAUCACUGGGGUGCAAUUCUGCCCAUCUGGCAACCUGGUAGCGUCUUCUUCCAAGGACAGAACAGUGCGACUGUGGACACCAUCUAUGAAAGGAGAGUCAACAGUGUUCAAAGCCCACACAGCUGCUGUACGCAGUGUUGCGUUCUCCCAUGAUGGCCAGAGGCUGGUAACAGCAUCAGAUGACAAGUCUGUUAAAGUGUGGAGUAUUCACCGGCAGUGCUUCAUCUACUCUCUCAACCAGCACACUAACUGGGUGCGCUGUGCUAGAUUUUCUCCAGAUGGCAGGAUCAUCGCUUCCUGUGGGGAUGACCGGACUGUCCGGCUUUGGGACACUUCCACCAAACACUGCAUCAACUGUUUGACUGACUGUGGAGGAUCAGCAACAUUUGUUGAUUUCAACUCCAGUGGUACCUGCAUUGCAGCCUCGGGAGCUGACAGUUCAUUGAAAAUCUGGGAUCUACGGACCAACAAGUUGAUUCAGCAUUAUCAAGUCCAUAGUGCGGGAAUCAACAGUUUUUCUUUCCACCCAUCCAACAACUAUGUGAUCACUGGUUCGAGUGAUAGCAGUAUUAAGAUUCUGGACCUCUUGGAGGGGCGUCUGAUCUACACCCUUCAUGGACACAAGGGUGCUGUGAUCACAGUGGCCUUUUCCAGGGCUGGAGAUCUCUUUGCCUCAGGAGGAGCUGACAGUCAGGUGCUGCUGUGGAGGACAAACUUUGACAGCAAGUCUUAUCAGGAUGUUCUGCGUCAACACAGCCGGAGGUCGACCCCAGAUCCCCCACCCCACCUGUCUGACAUUCAUCCCAGGGGACCACACCUUCAUCACCCACAGCCCACAGCCAUUCAGGUCAGUCCAACAGUGACAGACACCCGGUCCACUGACCCACAUGUCAUACAGCUGGGACAGUCUCUCCAUGGCAACACGCUCUUAAACAGUUGGCCCCACUUGACACCCAUGCAGACUGCUGCUAACAGUCACCUCUCCAACGGUUUGACAGCAUGUAAGGUUGCCAAUUCAAGAUUGGAAGGAUGGAUCGAAGGUGAGAGUGCAAGUAGGGCAGAUUUGACUGCUGGGAAUGACACAAAGGCGGACAGAAGAGCAAGGAAAGGAAGGAGAGAGGAAGAAGUAGAGGAGAUAGGACAGACACACCCACUGGAAGUUCUCUCUGAUCAUCCAAGUGUGAACUCUAUCCUGCAGCACAUUGUUCAACAGCUGGAUAUUCUCACACAGACCAUUUCAGUGCUGGAAGAGCGUCUCACCCUGACGGAGGACAAGUUGAAGGAGUGUCUAAGCCAUCAGUCUCAGAUUGUGAAAGACCUGCGAGCAUCUAGAGAGAGACAGCAGACAGAGAGCGAAGAGACGGAUGGAUCUCCUGUUCAUUUCACUUGAGGACAACAUUGCCCUAUUUCAGACUGCAGCACAAAGACCUGUGCUAUCAACUGUGACUGCAGGGUGUGUGUGCGUGUGUGGGUAUAUGUGUGUGUCAUUUUAAAUACCCUCCUUGGUGGUCUUUCUCAGGGGUCAGGGGGUUAAUCAGGAUUUUGGGCAGUGGUUGCAGUGCUUGUGUGUGUGUAUAGUACCAGCAUAGUUUCUCCAUGUCUGUCUGCACCUCUUAAGGACAUCCAGCUGUACAGCCAAGCAUUCCAUGUGUGUGUGUGUUUGGGUGUCCAAUCCACAUUAACAAUCUGAACAGCUGCAGCUAUAUUAAAAAGAACAAAAAAAGGACCUGUGUGUGUCUUUACCUGUGUGUUUGCAGGUGUUUUAGCAGUCCACUGCUUCAGGAUGUUUUUAUUGGAAUCUGUUUGCAUCUUUGUAAUAUGCCAUGAAAUUUUUAAUCCAAGCUGUGUGCGUUUUGCCUAGAAUACACGUAAUAUAAAUGGAAUUUUUAUGAAUAAACAGUACACUCUGUUACUCUAAUU